AUGGUGACGUGGCAGCACAGCACAUUGCCACUUUUCUUCUACCACUGCCACCACCCACCCUGCCACCACCACCACCACCACCACCACCACCACCACCACCACCACCACCACCACCACCACCACCACCACCACCACCACCACCACCACCACCACACCACCACCACCACCACCACCACCACCACCACCACCACCACCACCACCACCACCAUCACCCGCCCCUUGUGCCGUGUGGCAGUGAUCCCGGCGGUGAGGCAGCAUGCUGCUGCGCUCAUAGGGGCAGCACUCACCACCAGGGAGACACAGAGCAAGGCAAUGCAGAUCACUCAAGACGCGCUCCACACCCUGCUGCCUGCCGCCCUCUCUUCCCCCACCCCCCACUCGCACACACACACUCACCCUCCCACCACUGCCUCCGCUUCUGCCCCCUCCUCCACCUGCUGUCCUGCCGCCUCCCACUCCUGCUCCGCGUCCACCCACCACCACCACCAUCACCCCCAUCCCGCGCGUCCUCCACCUCCUCCUACCGCUGCAGCAGCGUCGUCACCAGGGCUGCAGGCGGUGCGCAUCUUCCUCAGGUCCGUGCUGCUGCUCUGCCUCCCAUCGCACCUCCUACUGCACUUGGCACUGCUCGUGGCGCUGCCUGCCAUGCCCAUCUCUCAUCACCACAUCCUGUCUGUGCCCCGCUCUACGUCCUCUCGUUCACUCUCUUCCGUUCUUCAAUUCUCCUUUCUUCUCUCACUUUCUUCACCAUACUUCCAUCCCGUCGCCUCUCUCCGCACUCCAAGCAGGGACCCCUCGGCACCACCAGACCCAGCACGCCCCUCCUCCCUUGACUCGCCAAUGGGCAAGCGCCAGUUCAAGGCGCACUUGGAGCUCUUCCUGCCACCGCUCUUCACCGCACUCGCCUCGCACCAGCCGGAGGUGGCAGCAGCAGCGGGAGUGGCAGUGGCGGAGCUACAGCUGCUCAUAGGGCCCAGCAUCUUCGAGGGCAGGCUGUCCCCCAUACAGAGAGAGGCCAUGACUCGUUACAAGCACCUCAUCCACCUGCGUCCCCAGCAGCCCUCCGAGCCUGCAAUGCCGCCUCAUGCCCACCAUCGGCCUGGGUCGUGA